AUGAAUAAAUGUUCACUUUACACUUUAUUUGUUCUACUAAUUUCUGUUUUUCAUGUAACAGACCUUGGUCAUCUUCACAUAAGAACAUCCAAUUAUACAGCUACUCAAUUUACUGCUUUCAUACUGACUGGUGUCCCAGGAUUAGAAGACUUCCAAAUCUGGAUCUCCAUUCCUUUCAGCUUUAUGUACCUUCUGGCAGUGGUAGGAAAUGGUCUAGUUAUGGCAGUGAUUGCCUGGGACAGGAGCCUCCAUGAACCCAUGUAUCUCUUUCUGGCCAUGCUGGCACUCAAUGAUGUAUUCCUUUGUACUGUCACAGUGCCAAAAAUGCUUCUUAUCUUCUGGCUGGGGCCCUCUCCAUCAACAUUUGCUGCCUGUCUCACUCAGAUGUUCUUUGUUCAUGCUCUUUUCCUCUCUGAAUCUGCAGUUCUACUGGCUAUGGCUUUUGAUCGGUAUGUGGCUAUCUGUGCGCCACUUCAUUAUGUAACUCUGCUUACAGGAUCUCUUAUUGGCAAAGUGGGACUUGCUUUGGUGGCUAGGAGCAUGAUUGUAGUCAUCCCUGGAGUGCUCCUUAUUCUCCGGUUGCACUUCUGCAGGAGUAAUGUUAUCCACCAUACUUACUGUGAGAACAUGGGCAUUGCUAAGUUGGCUUGCAAUAGUUUUACUCCUAAUAGCAUUUAUGGACUCACUGCUGCUCUCCUAACCACAGGGUUGGAUUUUGUCCUCAUCUCCCUAUCCUAUUGGUUAAUUCUGAGAACGGUCUUUCGACUGCCUUCUAAAGAGGCCAGGGCAAAGUCCUUUGGUACUUGUGGGGCUCAUAUAUGUGUAAUCUUAAUAUUCUAUACACUUGCCUUCUUUUCCUUUUUUACCCAUCGUUUUGGACACCAUGUGCCCAGACAUACCCUUAUCCUCCUGGCAAAUCUUUACUUAUUAAUACCACCUACCAUGAAUCCCAUUGUUUAUGGGGUAAAGACAAAAGAGAUAAGAAUGCGAGUAAUAGGGAUCUGUUUCCAACUAAAAUAA